CUUGCAUAUCAAAUGGUGACCAAAACACGAAGAUGAAUUUAAUAUGAUGAUUACUGGGCCGUGCUAAUAUGCCUCAUCGUCACAGACUCGGAGCCGGGGACAAUGGCCAAACGUGAAAAGCCUCGCAGCAGUUGACAAGAAUAACCUGCGCUAACCAGCGAGCUACUUCCUAAACAACCAUUACCAAUCAUUACUAGGAAUUCAUCGCUCGUAAUGCAAGAGUUCUUACAUUAACGCCAGGCGUAACAUUGCCAUUAUAAUAUCUCCACCACUUCGAACUGAAAAUUACGGGAGGAAAAAACAUGCAGGUUAUCUAAACUAUAAUUCUCUUUUAUGUGUAUUAAAAAAAAAAAAAAAAAAAAAAACCCACUGGUUUAUAUUACUUGGAACUGAGCUUUUACGAUUAUGCAAAUCAAAACAAAUUUGUGUUCGUAGAAAGUAAUGAAUCAUUAAUAUAUUAUUUCCUAUUGGAGUUGUUUUUAUACGUCAAGGGCACCUAUGCAUCAACAAAUGCAAAUACUACAUGCUGUAGAACAAAUAGUUAUAAUUUGGCUGAAACAUUAAAUUAAUUGUGUAUAGUGUGUGCUGUUUACAUUUGGUAAUUAACAAUGCACAUGACAGUUGCAGGACAAAUGUGACAGAAAACUUGAUUUAAUUCAGUUAAAAGUUCUGUGUUUUGAUAAAAACAAAUACAUAGCAAAUAUUUUAUGAAUAGCUUCACAUAAUUUAGCUGAAACAUUAAAUUAAAUUGUGCAUAUAGUGUGUAUUGUUUUCACAUAGCGACCAUUACAUAUGGCAUACUUCACCUAAAAGUCCUGUAUUAGUAUAAAACAAAUACACAGUUAGGGUUGUUUUUAUAAAGCGUCAACUGCACGUGGCAUACCGCGUGCACCGACUGUUGCAAGGCCAGACGAAUUUGACAGAUAACUUGAUGUAAUUCGACUGACAGGACGGAAUCGGGUUUGAAUGAUGAAUGAGUGCUGACACCUGCAAUUUGUUUACAGCAAUAGAGUCAUCAAUAUUAAACCAGCUGACGUCACUCCACGGUGUGGACACCAGUUUGAUAAUGUCACUCGUUGGAACUCAAACGGAAGAUUUUUCUUUCUGUGGUUUGGGUGUAGGUUAACUGCAUAAUACAUGCUAGUAAUUGUCACAAGAUACAGUGAUUUAAGUUACGAUUCCUUCUGUAGUCUGGAUAUAGAUGACUGCAUACUACAUGACAGUAACAUCAUAAGAUACAGAGAUUUAACUUGCGUUUCUUUCUUUUAGUCUGGAUAUAAAUAUUCUACAUAAUACACAGCAGUAAUCUAACGAGAUACAGUCAAUUAAAUUACCUUGAUGUGAAAAUUAGCUACAGAAAUCCUAUUGCAAUUGAGAAUUUAAAAACUGAUAUUGUAGAAAAACAGUCUAGAGACAGUGUGACUGGCCGUUCAGAACUAGUGAGUAUACUCCACUGUACAUAACAGUAUAUAUUUAUGUGGGCAGCCGGCGCUGUUGUAUAAUAACUCAUUUUUGUCAUGGUGAACUCUUCAUCCCGGUAAGGUAUGAUUGUUUAUGGUUAGCUCCACACUCGGGCUAACCUGUAGGUAGGUGUGUGGAAGAUACAAUUGUUAAACCAAGACGAGAAUACUAAUACCAACACUAGUAUAUAGGUGUGUAGAUGAUAGCAUCGUGUAAAAUUUGACACAGAUUGGUGGAAGAAAAUAGACUAGUAAAUAGGUGUGUAGCAUCGUUAUUCCAAAAGUAAAAUUUUACACAGAUGUUUGGAAGGUAAUCUUUCGUAGAUAUUUGGAGUUGUGUAGAAGCUAGUACUGUUAUUCAAGAUGAGGAUUUAGCUGUGAUUGUCCCAUUAAAAGAAACAAGUAGUUAGGUGUGUAGACAGUAUUAUCAGUAAAAAGCCAAUUGGUAAAUUGGUGUGUAGACAAUAGCAUUGUUAAAUAAAUAUAAAGUUAAACAAUUCAACACUGAUAAUUUUUCUGGCAUGAGGAAACUGAAUUUUUAACUACGUGCAUAGACAGUACUACCAUGAAAUAAAGUUUAAAAUGCACAAAUUGACAUUAGUGCUAAAAUUUUAAUUAACAUUUGAGAAUCAUUGAACUAACAUUGCAGACUAUAGAAAGUAGUUUGUUUGUUAAAAGGUACAUUUAAAUUUUUUAAAAUAAUCAUAACAUGCUGUUAAAUGAUAUCUUGCUAUUAAGUUUAAAAACAAUUUUAAAAAAAAGUGGAAUUCUUUUCUUGGUCGGAUAACCUGUGAAAGAUAUACCUGUGAAUGAUUAAUAAAUAAUUGAAUACAAGUUUUCUACAUUUUUCAAGAGGAAUUAUUCUGUUAUACAGCUAAUUUGCAAAGGAUUACUUGAAAACUUUCACCAAUAACCUAUUGAGUAACCUUUAGCCUUACGUGUCAGUGUUUUAUGUAAGUCAUUUUAUCAUAAUUGUGUUAUAGCUCCACAAGUUGUCUCUAUCAUUCUUUGCCUAGCUCAAAUUGUGCCGGAAUUGCAGAAAAUCAAUACAGCAGCACCGCGUGACAAAAUCUUCCUCCGUGUGGCAGACGGACGAGUUAAAACUGAUGUCUGCUUCUGUUGUUUUUCUUCAUCACACUCCAUCAGGUGGCAGCUUGGGCAAUUCAUUCCAAGGAGAAUUCAUGCAGGUCUAACCAGCAACUGACAUGCAAAGUCUGUUAGUCUUUUAAUGGAGAAUUCGGCUCGCAAGAAGAAGACGACGACAACUACAACAAGAUGAAUAUGUUGUCCAGUUGUGAUGUUCUUCUGUGUAUGGUGAGGUACAGAACCAUGGAUUAAAAUCCUCACCAAAUUUCGUUAUGGAUUUUACGAGCUGCUUUUAGUGUAUGAUGUACACGCAUAUUGGCAGACCAACAUAUUUCGAGGGAAUUUAAUGGAUUGUAAGUGAAUAUACUAAUCACAACCCAGGAAUUUGUUUUAAAGAUUCUGAAGCCAUAUAUAUCAAGAUGAAAGAUUGCUCUCCGUGAAAAGACUAAAGAUUUUUAAAACUGAAAUAAAAUUGCACUGAAAUGGAAAAACUAAAUCUUGGAUAUGGGAAAACUACAUAAGAAAAUUUAUGUAAUGGAUUUUUUAAUUUAAUUUUUUUUUUUUUUUUUUUUUUUUUUUUUUUUUUUUUUUUUUUUUUUUUUUUACUAGCAACUAGUCCAGAGACCCUGUUUGGGUUGUGAAACAUGAAGUUGUGUUUUCCUCCAAUUUAACUAGUCAAGAGACCAUUUGUUUUGUGAUGAUGAAAUUGUGUUUUUCACCAAUUUAACUAGUCAAGAGGCCCUCUUUAAGAUGUGCGAUAAUGGAAGUGUUUCUUUUUGACUAACUAGUCUUUGAGGCCCAUUUGUUGGGUUGUGAUCUGUGGAUUUACCUUGAGGUGGAACCAAAAACGAGUGAGGCCCCAAAUGGGUUGUGAAGUGUGAUGUUGAUGGACUCCCAGUACAGUAUGUUUGAUGUUCAGAACAUCUACGGCACGCCUCAAAUUCCGAGGAAGCGACCAUGUCUACGACCUCGCAGGAUGACCCUCAUUGACCUCAGAAAUGUGCCACUAAAUGAAGAAGAAACUCCACAACGCAAGGGAAGCUCUGGCACGAUUCGUUCCGAGGGUCGUCUGCCCCACGAUGCCACCAAGAGUAUUGGAGGUGGUGUCCUGCCCACAUACACCAGUUCGGACAGCAUCAAUUCACAUCGCAGUAGUAACAGUAGUAUGAGAAUACGACGAAUACCCAGUCUUCUCGAUGGAUCAACUCGUUUUCCGAAGCUUGAGGAAUGCGCUCACUUUCACUACGAUUUCGUUGAACUCGGCCCAUUGCAGGUGAACCUGUGUGAGGAGGACCGCGAGAACUACCACCACAAUGAGAGUGACGGUGACGGCGGUGGGGAUCACACGUACCUGAUCCGCGUCACGUCUAACGGCAAGGGCUGGACGGUCAGACGGACCUACCUCAACUUCUGUAUGCUUGACCGCCAGCUACACAAGUGUAUCUACGACCGCAAGUUCAGCCAUCUCGUCGAGCUGUCGCGUGAUGAAGAAAACGCAAAAACUAAUCAGGAGCUGGAGAUGUUACUGGGUCGGUAUCUCAGUCGAUUUUCCGAGAUCGCCGACAGCAUGCUCAACUGUGGCUCGGUGCUCAACUGGCUGGAGAUUGAUAACCGUGGUAACCGACUGCUGGCGGUGGAUGACUCGGGUAUCAACACUCCAGCGAUCGCCGCUGCCCACGUCGUCAAGCGCUACAACUCACAGGCUGCUGAUGAGAUCUCACUCGAGGUCGGGGAUAUCGUGUCAGUGAUAGACAUGCCCCCUCCUGAUGAUACGAUCUGGUGGCGAGGAAAGAGAGGUUUCGAGGUGGGUUUCUUCCCCAGUGAGUGUGUAGAAGUGAUAGGAGAUAAAGUUCCAUCUUCGGUCGCUUCACGGAUACCUCAGCCCUCGGCAUCAAGAAAACCUUUGUUGAGAAAGCAUGGAAAGUUGAUCACUUUUUUACGGACGUUUUUCUCCACCCGCCCAGCGAGAAACCAGCUGAAGCAGUCAGGGAUCGUCAAGGAGCGAGUGUUCGGCUGCGACCUCGGGGAACAUCUCCUCAACUCAGGACACGACGUUCCGCUGGUGUUGAAGAGCUGUACCGAGGUGAUUGAACGACAUGGUAUCGUUGACGGUAUCUACCGACUGUCGGGAAUCACGUCAAACAUCCAGAAACUCAGACUGGCGUUUGACGAGGAUCGUGUUCCUGACUUGACGUCUGACUGUUACCUUCAGGAUAUUCACAGUAUUAGCUCCCUGCUCAAGAUGUACCUCCGCGAACUGCCAAACCCCCUCCUCACCUACCAGCUCUAUGACAAAUUCGCUGAUGCUGUGAGGGACGAGGACAACAAACUGUUGAAGAUCCACGACGUCGUUCAGCAACUUCCUCCUCCUCAUUACAGAACUACGGAGUACUUGAUGAGGCACUUGGCCCGGGUGGCAGGGUAUGGGCUGGAGACUGGCAUGCAUUCCAAGAACCUGGCCAUCGUGUGGGCGCCAAAUCUUCUCAGGUCUAAAGAGCUGGAGAUGGGAGGUGGGGCGGCCGCGUUGCAGGGGGUCGGUAUCCAGGCUGUUGUUACGGAGUGUCUCAUCUGCUACUGUGAUAUUAUUUUCAGUGAUAAAAUGCCUUCGUAUUCCUCGCCUGAUUUACAUAAAUCUCAGAAGAAGCCACGUCCGAAGUCGCUGGCGAUCUCGACGCCCACCCGCCUACUGUCGCUGGAGGAGGCGCGAGAGCGGGCGUUUGUCGGGAAUCUUGGGCUCAACCCCAACCAGCGCUACAUUGAUGUCGGGGGCGGGCCCCAGAACCUGCCUAACAAAUACCACACGGUCAUCGACCUGCCCGGAUACAGUAUUUCGUUUGUUACCAGGAAAAAACUGUCGAGUAAGGAAAGUGUGAAAGGAAAGAAAUCCCCAGUGAGUGGGUGGAAGUCGUUCUUCUCCAAGCCACGAUCUGGCAGCAUCAAGAAAGCACGCAAACAGAGUGACCAUGGCUUGCCAGACACAGUGAGUCUGGGACACAGCUCACAGCAAGCGAAGGCUCUGACCGAGGAUGACGUCCACCAAUGGAAGAAGAGAUUACGCACGGCAAAGAGUGCCGAGUCAUUGCUCUCCCUCGCCAGCUCCAGUCGCAGCUCCAGCAGUCAUGCGUCAAAGGUCAACGAUAACCUCAUGGUGGUCAAUGUGUAUGGAGAAAAGCGACAUAUGUAUCACAAACGAUCUCUCUCAUCGGACGCCACAGCGAUCCUACACCACCAUUCCAUGUACGACGGAAACCGGGAGAUGGCUGUUGAUGUCAAUCUUGGAAACGACAACCAUGUAACUGGCACCCCAACCAAAGGCCGAAAGUCUCGAGUGGAUCGCCCUGAGCGACAGGAAUCAUUCGUCCGCGGCGACAAGACGCGCCAGGCUCUACACCGCCGGACCCCGUCCGCCCCCAACACCCCUCGCAACGAACGUAGCUCCAGUGCGACUCGCCAGAAAAACUCGACCCCCCACAAAACUUUCUCCCAGCCAGCGUUGGAGAGCCGCGACCCGCAGCACCACUACAAUGGCGACGAGAGUUUCUCCUCGGAGGAAGCAAUGGACGACGAAGUGACAUUCAGACCGCGUGGAGAUCCAGCCACGCUCGUCCAAGUGGAACAGCAAGGGGGCAUGGUCACGUACAUCCCACGGUCAGAUAACCGGGAACCUGGGGGAGUGAGGCGGCAAGGCAAAUCGUCAAGCCGAUCUGCGGAGGAGCUGACGGCUCACAAACGCGGAGCCAAGUCUUCACCACAGAGCAGGAAGAAGGCAAAAGGCUGCGGAGGAGAGAAAAGUGUCGGGUUCGCUAAGCAUAAUGAUGAAGUAGAUUCGCAAAAUGGUGGUGCGUCGUCGAAAAGAGUUCAAAUAGAUGAUGCACCGGUUAAUAAGCCAAUCGAAACACAGUAUUUUUACUCUCGUCAUCAUGACUACGCAGAGAUUUUGUCGGACGGCGAGAGUGGCGACAAAGUGAAAGAGAAGUCAGGUUCGAAGGAAACAUUGAUUAACAGUGAUUCUCAGUCGAAGGAUUCGUCGUUUGUUUGUUCUCCGACCAGCAUGACGUCACUCAUAGACCACAUAGACCAGCAGUUUUCCGGGAGAGUCCAUUUUCAUCUGGAGUCUCCGGAUAGGUCACCAGAAAACCGACGGGGGGCAAGCUCUGAAGAGAAUCAGGUACAUACAAACACUCGUGACGGACAGCUGGUUUCCGAAAUAAAAACCGAAAACAUUUCUACGCGACCGACGGAUUUCCAAGAAGUCGGAUCUCUUCAGUUUAAACAGGUGAGUGCCCCAGAGCAGAGUCCUCACCUUCCCUCCAGUAUCGAAGUCUUGGAGAGCAACAUCAAAAAAAUCCAGCACAAGCCGCCACCUCACAUGAGCAAGUGUCUUAGUGUUCCAUUGGACAUUGCUAAGUCUCUAGAAAACGUCACAUCGGACAGUAACUUCGACCUCAUGUCGUCCGUGACGAUAAGCGAACUCUCACAGUCGGUCGACAGCUUUAAUCUCAGUCUGUGCGGUGAUUCCCCCAUGGGGGAUGCAAGACGUAGGAGGAGUGCAUCCCUCGAUAGUCUGACGGACUCCCCCAUGACGAGAACGCUGCGUGAAAUAAAUCUUCAGAUCGACACCGCGUUUAAGAGAGACGUCGAUCGUGCUCUCGAACUGGAGGACAAGGGAUACAACAGACAUGCCAGCUCUGAUAACAUGAUGCCUCUACACAUUGAUGAGGAAACCAUAACACCAACCAACCCUCCGGAAAUCGACUUUCCGGAAUACGCAAGAAUCGACAAGAGAAAAAACACUAGCACUGCUGUGAACAAGAGGCACAGUGGUCUGUUCAUCGAACUCAGUCCAGAUAAAAAGAUCUCGCCCACGAAAGAGUUUGAUAUUAUUUCCGGAAAUAUCCGGUCUCCUCAGAGAAAAGUGGAAUUUCCUCGAGAAGACAGUUUCCCGAAUAUUGUGCCAAAUAAGAUGAAUGGGAAUUCUCCCGUUGAUAGCGCAGAGAAGUCCAGUUACAUCGACAGACCCUCGGAGAUACGAAUUGUCGAGACUCCCGCACCGCAGGUGAUCCGGGCUCCAUUACAUGUGCAACAGCAGCAGUCGGUCGAGCAGGCCUCGAUCACCAAUGUCGCCAACAUCUGUGCACAGCAAGACUCGUCAUCUUCAUCGUCGUCAUCAUCGUCCGAUUCUGAAUCGGACAGCUCCACAGCAUCAGACAGCAUCACCAGCAGUGUCGAGUUCAUCAGCCACCAGCCGUCUCCACGGUCGCCCCGCACCCAGCUUCAGUCAGAUCAUUCGAGUCCAUCUGCAGUGUCCAGACGCUUAGGUUCGUACAGUGCUGGGUGUGAUUCGGACGCCAUCGAUGACCUUCAGUGGCGACAGAGUCCGGUGUUCGCCGACGUCAGCCAGUUCGUGUAUGGCGGCCGGAAGUCAAAGACAAGUCCCGUGGAUUCCGGAGGACAGCGGUCCAGUCCCAGUGUUCAUUUCGGUAGCGCGAGUUCCACGGAUAGCAGUCCCAGACCGAGUCCUAGGGCCAGUCCCAGACAACUUCUCGGUGGGGUGGACCAGUUUGGAGGAUCGGCACACCACCACCCGGAUCACUCAUGUACAGGACACCUGGCCGUUCCUGGCAACUGUUCUCCACCACACGCGGACUGGACACCCAUCCCAGCACCACGGAAACAUCUAGCACAGUCUGACGCAACUCACGUGUCUAACACUCAUGACCCAGGGUCGAAGUUCAUGUCCUCCUCUACUCAUGACCAAAGGUCAAAGUUCAUGUCCUCAUCCUACGAUCAGGGGUCAAAGUUCGCGUCCUCGACCCACGAUCAGGGGUCAAAGUUCAUGACCUCAUUUCCAUGUUUUUCAAACGGACAGUUUCAUUCAUCACCUUCACUUCCGGAAGUUCACGUCGACCACAAUACCAUGACGAUAGAAAAGCCGACGAUAAAACGAUCAACCACAGAAUCGGGUCUCGCCGACCGGAUACCAAGCACCACUGAUCAAAGACGGGAGGAAUAUUACUCAUCACAAACAUUCCCACGGAAAGACGCGGAUAGGAAACACGUACACACCCAUCCAGAUGUGUUGUGGCUGGAUUCGAAAUCUGUUGAACCCAUGGAUGUGUCUCCGACCACGUAUGGUGGAGGCAGCGGUAGUCCUCUGCCGCUGACAGGUCAAAGGUCAGAUCAGUGUCAGUCGAACGAUUAUAACCUGCCUGGUUUUCGUAGUCACAUCAGUGACUUGUUGGAACCGGAAACGUCAAACACUUCGACAUCGUUCACAAUAUCCGCCCCAUCGAGGGCCGUUGAUCCAAGUUACACAAUGGAGGUGGAGACCUGUGUCGAAGUCACAGCCAACUAUUCAUCUCCCAGUCCCAGCCACUCGUGUUUGACAAUCGUGAACAGUGGUAGGGAGGAAGUUCCUGUGUCGCAACAUUCUUCAGGAUAUAAUCCGAUACCUGCAAGAGCUAAUCAGUCGGGAAUGAUUCCUCCUCAGAACACGUCGGUCAGUGCCGACGUUUGUCUUCAAGCUGCUUCUAGAUCGGACUGUGGUCUCUCACCAUCUUCCUUGUUCAUAGAACCCACCUCACCUCAAACACCAACCGACGGCAGAGUAGUUUCACCUAACACGAAAGACUAUUCAGCCGAUCUGGCUCCUCCAACAAGGGAGGUAAUGGAAAUGAAGAGGCCCACUCUAAAAAGGGGAGAGAAAUCUCCUUCGUUGCCGAGACAGAUGGGGCAGGACGAUAUCUCGAGAACUGUGAUCAUUAAAGAGAUAACGUCGCAGCGAGGCGAUGCCAAGCUGGUGAUAGAGUGCAAACCAAAUCUGAAGAAAAAUAUUCAGACGGUGCAUUCGCGCAAAGUGCCGCACCCACCACGACAGAUAGCAGAAGCUGUGGACGAUGUUUCCGAUUCGGUGACUCCAGACAUGUCCAGCACUGGACCGUCAGACGUCGACCCCUCGGGGAUCUCUAGUCAGGAUGAAGAUGUGUUCUCCGACACUAGUGAUGCAUUCACUCGAUUCAGCGUGAGGUCGCGACGCUCACCCUCGGGAGACAAACCUCAUUUGUUGAAAUGCGUGUCUAAAAGAGAAAGCACAGCGUCUAAGUGCGAGAUGAGUCGUUUCGAUGACAUGAUUGGAAGUAGGUCAUCGCUGGACGAAUCCGUGUUACAGCUGGCGUCGGAGCGACACGAUAUCUUCGGAGCCAGCGACAGCGACGGUGGGGACUUCAACUACAACACGGGCUCGCUCCGAGUGAAACGCUCACAGAAGAUGCAGUCACUCGUGGACCUGUUCGAAAAAGUAUCUGACCAGAACUUGGCGGAGAGUGGUUGUCAGGGCGACGACAAACGACUGUCGAUGUCGCUGCCAACGUCGUCAAGCACGCAGCAAGCAGAGCGUGACCAGGACACAGAUGACGAAGCGUUCUUCCCUCCACCUCGCGUGUCGAGUAUCUCGCUGACCCGGAGGUCACGGUCACGCGAGAGGGUCAGAAAGGCAGGUUCCGACAAGGAAAACCACAUUACCUCACGAAGUCCCACGCCAAACAGACGGCAGUUAUCUUCGUCAGAUCGCUACGCCGGUGGACAGCAGAAAUCAUCUUCUUCACCCGCGACAAAAGACUAUCAUGGCAAAGGAAGUGCGAAGUACACGUCGUUCAGUAAGCCGCCCCGUUACCGCAGCGGGUCGCGAGGUCGCACGCACAGUGAGUCUUCGACUUCAGAAUCGGAGAGCUCGCAACAUUUAGAUGGUUCCUUUCACGGCCGGUAUGGCGAUCCCGGUGGUGCGAACACCGGAGGAAACGACAACAGUGUGUUGAGAGAUGUUAAUUCGAGUUGGGGAGACAAGAAAUCGCUCGUAGUUCAGCGCGAAGGCGUUGAACGGACGCCCGACCGAUCCGGUGUGCAGAGGCGAGGGAGCAUAAAAGAACUGAUGGACUUUUUCGAGAGUCGUCAAGGAGAAGAAUCCAGCUCGACGUCUGGGUCGACAUCAACCCCGUCGACGACUCCUACUCCUACACAGCCGCGACGAAGCAGAAUACAGAGUGGUUCACCGGUCCGGGGGGAUGAGUUGUCCCUGGCAACCAGAGACAUGGCCACCACCAGUUCUCUACGACUGAGUCUGGAAAUCCCCAGCAGUGCUGCAGUAGAUGCUAACAGGAAGUCUCAGCCACUGAGGCUGGGACCGAAACCUUUCUAUGGUGCAAAACACUGACAUUAUCAAGACUAAUAGUACUGACAUUAUCAAGACUAAUAGGACUGACAUUAUCAAGACUACUGAAAACUUUAAGCACAGACAUUAUCAAGACAGCAAGAAAACUUAAAGGACUAACAUUAUCAAGACUAAUACAAAAAUAUAAAGCAUAAACGUUAACAAGACUUAAGCACUGACAUUAUUUAGACUAAUAGAAAGCUUAAAGCACUGACAUUAUCUAAGUUAACACAAAACUUUAAGCACUGACAUUAUUAAGGCUAAUAGAAAACUUAAAGCACUGACAUUAUCUAAGUUAACACAAAACUUUAAGCACUGACAUUAUAAAGACUAAUAGAAAGCUUAAAGCACUGACAUUAUCUAAGUUAACACAAAACUUUAAGCACUGACAUUAUUAAGGCUAAUAGAAAACUUAAAAGCACUGACAUUAUCAAGACGAAUAGAAAACUUAAAGCACUGACAUUAUCAAGACUAAUAGAAAAGUUAAACACUGACAUUAUCAAGACUAAUAGAAAAGUUAAACACUGACAUUAUCAAAACUAAUAAAAAAAACUUAAAAGCACUGACAUUAUCAAGACUAAUAGAAAACUUAAAACACUGACAUUAUCAAGACUAAUAGAAAAGUUAAAUACUGACAUUAUCAAAACUAAUAAAAAAAACUUAAAAGCACUGACAUUAUCAAGACGAAUAGAAAACUUAAAGCACGGACAUUAUCAAGACUAAUAGAAAAGUUAAACACUGACAUUAUCAAGACUAAUAGAAAAGUUAAAUACUGACAUUAUCAAAACUAAUAAAAAAAACUUAAAAGCACUGACAUUAUCAAGACGAAUAGAAAACUUAAAGCACGGACAUUAUCAAGACUAAUAGAAAAGUUAAACACUGACAUUAUCAAAACUAAUAGAUAACUUAAAAGCACUGACAUUAUCAAGACUAAUAGAAAACUUAAAAGCACUGAUAUUAUCAAGACUAAUAGAAAACGUAAAACACUGACAUUAUCAAGACUAAUAGAAAACUUAAAAGCACUGACAUUAUCAAGACUAAUAGAAAACUUAAAACACUGACAUUAUCAAGACUAAUAGAAAACUUAAAGCACUGACAUUAUCAAGACUAGUAGAAAAGUUAAACACUGACAUUAUCAAAACUAAUAGAAAACUUAAAGCACUGACAUUAUCAAGACUAGUAGAAAACGUAAAACAUUGACAUUAGCACGACUAAUAAAAAACUUGAAUCACUGACAUUACGAAGACAGAUUAUACUGUAGUUGAAAAUUCACAUUUUUUAUGAUUAAAUGCAUGUACAAAUAUUAGCAAUUUUAAUCAUUUGAGCUCAAAUCAAAUUUUAGAAUUAAAAAAAAAAAUUAACUUAUUUUUAUGAGUUUGCCACAACCAGAUUUUAAAAUUAGAUUAUGAUUUAAUUUAUUAACCUGUUGAACAUACCUCUUAAAGUUUGUGUAUUUUAAAAUGUCAGGUAUAAAUCUUGGGGAUUGGCAAUAAAUGUUGAUGGUUUUUUUACAAGAAGAACAUUGUUUGGAGAAGGUGGUGAGGGUAAAAGUCAUGUUCGGAUUGUGUUUAUGCAAAAAAACUAAAAUCUGUAUUUUUAAGUUGUAAUGUCUGUUUUAAUAUAUAUGCAAACUAAUUUUUAUGUAAAUAGCAACCAUCUUCGACAUUCAGUCUGAAAUAGUGUAUUUGCAUAACUGAGUAUGAUGUUUGAUUUCCCAACCAAAAAAAGGUUUAUGGUGUAGUUUGGCUCAAAGCAUUAGAUGGAUAAUUAUAUGAUACUGUGGUGGAAGACACAAGUUCUAGCUGGGCUAUGUGUUUUAUGUGUAUGUUGUAUGGGGGUGGGGGUGGAGGGUAUGAAACCGAAACCAAACAUUGUUCGGAUUGUGAAGAAAACAUUGACAGUUACGGACGAUCCCUUAUGAAUACAUAGCUUAGCGUAUUACUGUUGUAAUUAUAAAUAUCUUCAACUUCAUUUGGGUGCACUGAUGAAGUUUCAUCUCCUGAAAUGCUAAUGAUCAAGUGUGUGUGUGUGCAAUAUUUAAGUGAACUGUCAAAAUGUUGAACAAAAACUGGAUGUUCAUUAAUGUUAAUGAGGUUUCAUAAAACUUACACGAAAGUGCUACUUACAUAACAACCAAGUGAAUGUAGGUAAUGUCCAAAUGUCCAACUUGCUAUGAAAAGUUAUAAUGCGGUCACACAAUUGCAAUUUAGGUAAUGGCCAAGUAUGUUGGUGUUUGGUCAUCAUCUGAAUUGUUUGUGAGACAGAAAUGUUGAUAUUUUCACUUAGAGAAUUUUGUUAAGAGGUUUUUUUAAACAAAUCAAAAAUGUCUUGACACAAGUGAAAUAUCUUCAGAAAUAAACUAACUAGCCAUUUCAAGCAGUUAUGAACAAAUGUAUUUUAUUGUGGAUGUUGGACAGUACCUGGGGCGUAGCCAGAGAGAAAAAAAUGCCGAGGCAAACCCAGACCUGUAAAAUAAAUAUCAGUGUCAUGGGAAAAAUAAAAUAAAUCUGGGGAAAUUCUAGAUGAGGCAAGCGCCUCGUUUGCCUCAUGUUGGUGGCUACGCCAUUGAGUACUAUAGCUUUUUAUUAUUGAGUUUGUUCGCAAGACUUUGAAACAGAAUAUUGUCGUUUGUUCUGUGGGCAUGUAGUAAGUUAUUCGCUUGUGUUUGGACCUCGUUUUUUAUGUGCUAUUUUAACAUACAUUUUUAACCUAUUGAAUCAUUUUUUUUUAAUACGUAUACAUAAUUAUAUAUCAUCAUAAUCACCUCCCCGUUCAUGUUUUGUACAAAAAUACUUUUGAAUAUUAGAUUUGUGCAUUCUAUUUAUAUGACUAGUUUUAAGGAGAACCUUUCAUCGUACAACCUGUGUACAUAGUUGGAAUGUGAGUUAUCUCCCCUUGAUACCAGGAUUUUGAACAUACUGCACUGGUAUAUUAUUCAAAUGUUAAUAACUUUUAUUUUGUAUACAAUUUUGUUGCCUGCAUUUGAAGCAUUUUAUUACUCUUGUCAUAAUAUCAAAUGAAGAUAAAUGUGCUUGUAAUAAGACUUAUUUAAGUGUAUAUAUUGGUAAAAAGCAUGUUUAUCAACCGCUGUGUUUGGUGUCGUCACUGUUGAUUGUGCUAAAUAUGUGUAAGUAUGGAUUAAGCUGAUAUAUAUAUAAGCUUGGAUUAAAUCUGAACAACAAAACUGUAACAUGUAUUCAAGGCCCUAUCUCUGCACAAUACAGAGUCGAAUGGGUAUUUGGCAAAAUAGUGGUUGAUUCCAUGAAUCUCUAUCUAGUGCCUCGUCUGUAGGAGGACAGCCACUCCCAAGGAGAUUCUAAACUGAAAGUUUUAUUGUUCUUGUAUCUCCAAAGAGGACUGCCACUCCCAGACUAGUUUACUAAAAUAAAACUGACACAGGACAGAGCUCAUUGAAACAUAGCUCAGUCCUAGAUACAGCUGUGGUGACAAGCACUUGUGGAUCACUGUUGUAACAGUGAUGCUAUCAGGUGUUCACUGAAGGUGAGCGUCUCCUGCCUCACCAGUGACAACCAUCAUGAGUACUAGCUGCCACCACAGAUGUUGUUUAGGGCUUCUUCUUUUUUCUCUAAAACAAAAUGCCUUGCCAGAUAAAAUUAAUUACGAUAUAAUGGAAUAAUAAUUUUCCUGUAUUUCAGCAACAUUGUUCUUUUAGUGUUUAAUACAUUUGUGAUUAAUACAUUUGUAGUAGUUUAAAACAAAAAUCAACUUCUUGCUAUUAAUAAUCUAUGUAUAUUUACAAACAGAAUUGCUCCUUAAUGGAUACAAAAGGAUAUUUUCCUAUACUUUUUAGAAAUAUUAUUCCUUGAUGCUGAUAAUCCUGCAAUUUCACUAAAAUUAAUCCAUUAGUAUUAAUAUUUCUUCUGUAUUUGCUCUUUUCGUCCAGUUAUAAACAGUGAUAUUUCAUAUUAAGUGGGUCAUGAUAUUUAUUUUCUGCAUAAUGCAAUAAAAUCAUCUCUUGCUUUAGUAAUUCUUACAGUAUUGCUGCAGUAUUAAACAAGAUUUCUUUUUACAAAUAUAUAAUUAUGCCAGUGAAGGAUAUAGCAGUGAUGUUUGAAAAAGUUUAAAGUCAUUUCACAUAUUUGUAAUUUCCAUUUUAACUUUCGAAACAUUAAAUAGUGAUACUGUCUUGACGCUGGGUUUUUGUAAUAUAUAUACAUGUGUAUAUAUAAAAUUUAAUUUGUUAUGAAUCAUUUUGAAAUAUUAGUAAAGCCACAAGUAUUGUUUUCUUGUUGGUUUUUGUUUUUAUAUUUUAAAAACAAAACAUUUGUUUAAAAAAUAUAAAAUGGCAUUAAAAUUGUUUCCCACUGCUGGUUACAAAUAUUAGGAUUUAAAAGAAGAAAAAAUAUUUCAUAAAUAUAUCUCUUAUUUUAAUAUUUUGGAAUCUGAAUGUUAUUUUUGUGUUACAAUCUAAGAUAUAAAAUAGAGAACAAAUCUUAAAUAGAACAAAGUUAAAUGAAUUAGUAUUUUCCUGUUGUAUAAAAUUCUUUUUAAAAAUAGUCAACUUUAGUUGAGUAUUCAUAAAACUUGUCACCAGUCAUGUGAACAAUGGUGUCCUUCGGUCACUAGACACAAUAAUAUAUCUAAAAGAAUUUAAUAUUUAUUAAGUUAUUAAGUCAUUAAAAGAAAGUGUCUUAGCUAUGUGACAUACAGUAGAAUCUCAUUGGGUCGAACUCAGAAAAGUUGAAUACACCACAAUAAUCGAACAAAAAAUGAAUUCCCAAAUUUUUCAUUCGGUAAACCCUUAUAUUAAGAACUGAUAGGUCGAACACAUCCUGGGUCGACUGUAAGCCUUCGCUCGAACUAAAUUAUCAAUCCUGUCGGUGCUAUUAGCUAUAUUUCCUUCAAACUGGUGAUCCAUCAAAUAUCAAAUAGAAAACCACCCAACAGCACUAACAAUUGCAAAGUUGGUUAUUACCUUAGUAUUAAUUAUUUAGACGGAACGAACUAUAGAUGGGUCGAACACUUUCUCGAGCACCGACAGGGUUCGAGUCAACGGGAUUCAGCUGUAUUUGUAUACAACUUGGCACACUCACCUAUCUAGUCCGGGGAUAUUAAAGGUUUCUUCUCGAUGUUGCAAGUGCCGUAUUUUGCCAUUUAAAACAUACUUGUGAUAAAUAAUUACAAGUGAACUGAUCGCUCAUAUAAUCUUUGUAUAAUUAACUAAAUAAAUUGUAAUGUUUUGCCUCUGAGCGUCAACAGUGUGUCUAUAUGGCGAUGCAAUUUAUAUUCAAACUGAUGUCAUAUAUUAAUCAUAAAAACAUUGGAAAGAUUUCCGCCCGCAACUCCCCUUUGGGGUAUUGGUUUAGCAAUAUCAAGUGGACAUUGCAUUAAAAUCUACAAACCACAUAGUGCUAGGGUCUGGAUUCGAACUCCAGACAAUCAGGACUGUAGUCAAGCACUGUAACCACUCGGCCACUCAGUGGAUCAACAAGUGAGACUGCAUUUUAAUGCUCAUAAAUCUCAUAGGGUGUAUUUUGACGGAAUAAACCAAGCAUCUACGGAAUAAAAUGAACCAUUAGUCCCAUAAUGCCUCAUUGUGUCUUGUGUGCUAUAUGUAUAUUUCUCCUAAAGCAUCAACAAAAGCACCUUUGUGGAGGAAAUUUUACACAGAAUAGUCAAAAUGGCAAAUUUUUCAAAGGUAAAACGUAGUGAUACUGGAUUACGAAAUAUAAACAUUAAUUUAUGUUGCUUUUAUGGAACAAAAUGUUUAAAAAGGUAUUGUAUAUAACUAACCCUAACCCUAACCCUAAACUUAUACUAAUUCUUACAAAUAUUGUUAGGGGGGUGCGGGCAGAAAUUAUACCAAAACGUUAAUUCAAGAUCUAAUCUUUACAUUGAUAAAAGAAAAUUAAAGAAAAGGAAGGAAUGUGUUUUGUCAUUAUGCAACUUUGAGUAUGUCUCUUUAACAGUAUUAUAUGUUGUAUUAUAUUUUGGAUUUCACAUCUAGUCGAAUCUUUUUGUCUGUAGUUUACAGAAUUUUUUUUAGAUAGUGUUGACCAUUCUUAAACCUUUGAUUUCAGAGCUGAAUGCUUUUUUGCGAUUUGUUUAAUUUAAUUUUAGACUUUAAUAAUCAUGUUUGCAAAUGAUAAGAUUGUUUGAAAUUGAAAUCGGCAUUUUCCUACUGGUUCUAGCCAGUGUACAAUCACUGGUAUAUCAAAGGCUGUGGCAUGUGCUAUCCUGUCUGAGCGAUGGUGCAUAUAAACAAUCCCUUACUACUAAUGGAGCAAAAUGUAGCAGAUAUUUUCUCCAAUUACCAUUUUCGACAUCCAAUAGCUAAUGAUUAAUAAAUUAAUGUGCUCUAGUGGUAUAUUAAACAAAAUAAACUAUAACUUCAUCGGUUUUCUACUGGUUUGAAUUUAUUUAUAUUAUUUUAAAAUUCACAAUCAAACAUUGUUAGUACACCAUCAUGAUCGAAGCAGAUCUCUUUUGAUAUUUAUACUAUGCAACAUAAAGAUGAUUAAAAUAAAGAUGAUUGGCGUAAAUUAAAAUAAUAUUUCUUUUUAGGCCACAAUUAAUGUUUUCCAACACUAAGAGAGAAACUGAGAAAAAUCAUUUGACUUGAGAAAAUAGUUUUUUCAACAAUUACCAGGUUAUUGUUUUGGUCACACAUUUUUGGUACAAAGGUUUAUAAUGGGCAGUAUUUCUCGGAGAUGAAACCACGAGACAGUUGUCACGUCAAGGUCUCAUUUAUAUAAAUGGCAGAUAGUCGAUUCAUUGUAAUUGGCUGGUUAUGUAUUUUACAAAAUCUAAAUGACAAAAUGGUAAUUAUCGUCUAGAUCAUAUCUCUCUACAAGGUGGAGACAAAGUGAUGUUUUAACAAUAUAACUGUUCCUGUGAAUCACUGGCAGUGUUUUUAUCAGGAGGACUGCCAUUUUUAGGAUGACACAUCUGAUUUUGAAACUACUAUCAGGACUGCCAUUCUUUGGGAUGACAAAUCUGAUUUUGAAACUUCACUAUCAGGAAGACUGCCAUUCUUUGGGAUGACACAUCUGAUUCUGAAACUUCACUAUCAGGAAGACUGCCAUUCUUUGGGAUGACACAUCUGAUUCUGAAACUUCACUAUUAGAAGGACUGCCAUUUUUAGGAUGACACGUCUGAUUUUGAAACUUCACUAUCAGGAGGACUGCCAUUCUUUGGGAUGACGCAUCUGAUUUUUGAAACUUCACUUUCAGGAAGACUGCCAUUCUUUGGGAUGAUGCAACUUAUUUUUAAAACUUCACUUCUCCUGUAUUUAUAAUGGUACCCAAUACUCGUCAUGGUAACUGGGGUUUCACUGAAUAAUGUUUUUCUUCUAACAAUAUGCAUGCAUUUUACAAGCAACUACUUGUGUCCAAAGGUCUGCAAUUUUACAUAUAUAUCUCCACUCAACUUGAACAUGUUUAUAUGUAGUUUUAAUUAUUUAAGAAAUAAAAAUACGCCAUUAACUUUGUCUGGUUGCUAUGGAGAUUGUUGUUAUGUCAGCCAGAGAAGCAGUGUGCGUGCUGUGAAUGUAGCAUUGUAGAAGUGUCUAUGAUGAUGUAUGUGUAAUAAAUACAACUAAAAUCAA